AUGCCCAAGCAAACCCUGGUUUUCCCAUUCUCGUUUCUCGCACUUCUCUUCGUCCUUGCUUCGACCUGUACCACCUUUCUCAGCGUCGAAGCUCACUCGCAUCGACAUGCUUCGGCUGCGGGUCAGUUGGUUCUUAAACAUCACAGGAAACUCUUAACUCAGACAGAACAUGGAGAAAUCUCAGCUGCUUUUGUCAAUGAUGGGACAAAAGGCCCUUACCAUCUUCAGUUCAUUACGUUGGAGCCUAACUCCGUGUUUCUUCCGGUUGUGCUACAUGCAGACAUGGUUUUCUUUGUCCAUACAGGGAGCGGAACUUUGAGUUGGACGGAUGAUGAUGAUAUAAGGAAUGUGGACAUUCGGAAAGGAGAUGUAUAUAGACUGCAUCAAGGGUCAGUUUUCUAUGUACAAAGCAGCUUAGAGGCUGAACGAGAGAGGCUUAGAAUUUAUGCGAUCUUCACUAACACAGAAGAUGACACAUAUGAGCCAUCCACUGGGGCUUACUCGAGCAUUACUGAUGUGGUUCUUGGCUUUGAUUCCAGAGUCCUCCAAGCAGCUUUUAAGGUACCCGAGGAUGUGAUAGAUGAAAUAAUGAGAUCAAGCAAAGCACCUGCUAUAAUUCAUGCAGUGCAAAAGGAGAAGGUGUUGGGCGAAUGGCAAGAUCGACUGUUGAAAGCCUUUCUAGGGAGCAACAGGGGUGGUUUCUUCCGCUCUAUCAAUGGCAAGCAUAAGAAGAAAACGAAAACAUACAAUGUUUUUGAAGCAGAUCAUGAUUUCGAAAACUGUAACGGGUGGAGUGUAACUGUAGACAAGAAAGACUUGCAUUUGUUGAAAUAUUCCAACAUUGGGGUUUUCAUGGUGAACUUGACAAAGGGUUCGAUGAUGGCACCACAUUGGAAUCCAAGAGCUUCUGAGAUAGCAAUAGUGUUGCAGGGUCAAGGGAUGGUUCGGGUGGUUUGUUCGAGCAAUGCCAAUGAAUCUGAGUGCAGAAACAUGAGGUAUAGGUUGGAGGAAGGCGAUGUAUUCACGGUACCGAGGUUCCAUCCAGUGGCUCAGAUGUCGUUCAACAAUGAUUCGUUUGUUUUCAUGGGAUUCAGCACAUCAACAAAGAGAAACCAUCCUCAAUUUCUAGCGGGAAAGAGGUCUGCUCUAGGGGUCGUGGAUAAAGAGAUAUUGGCUUUGUCAUUCAAUGUGUCCAACACAACAAUUGAUCACCUUCUAAAACCUCAGAAAGAAUCAAUGAUAUUAGAUUGUACAUCAUGUGCCGAGGAAGAGGAAAGAUUGAUGGAGGUGGAAAUUGAAAGGGAAAGAAGGGAAGAGGAAGAAGCUAGGAAGAAAAAGAAGGAAGAGGAGGCUCAAAAGAGAAAGGAAGAGGAAGAAGAAGCCAGGAAGAAAAAGGAGGAAGAGGAGGCUCGAAAGAGGAGGGAAGAGGAAGAGGAGGCUCGAAGGAGAAGAGAAGAGGAAGAGGAAGAGGAAGAAGCCAGGAGGAAAGAGGAGGAAGCCAGAAGGGAAGAGGAAGAAGCCAGAAGGGAAGAGGAAGAAGCUAAGAAGAGAAGAGAAGCAGCAGCAAGGAGAGAGCAAGAGGAAGCCAGGAGACAGGAAGAAGAGCGGCAAAGGAGGGCAAGGGAAGAAGAAAGGAGGCGACAUGAAGAAGAACAAGGUGAAGGUGAACCAAGUAGGGAGCAAGAGGAGGCCAAGAGACAAGAAAAGGAAAGACACAGGAGGGCAGAGAAAGAAGAAGGUAGCGGCAAGGGUCGAGGCCAAGGCCAAAGAACUAAGAAAGUGUGGGAGAUUUAA